AUGACGACCUACUACCACAACCAUGAGUACUGCUGCGGGGGCCCCGGGGGCUGCAGUCCCAGCCUUGGGGUGGUGGACUCCAGGCAGGGUAAGAUCCUGGGGAACCAGACCCAGAAUCGGCAUCGGUUCCAGCAGUCCCAGAUCCAGCUGCCUCUGAUUCACAGACAGCAGCAACACCUCCUGCAACAGCAGCUCCAACAGCAGCUCCAACAACCACAGAUGCAGAUCCAACACCAACAGCAGCUCCAACAACCACAGAUGCAGCUCCAACAACCACAGAUGCAGCUCCAACAACCACAGACGCAGCUCCAACACCAACAGAUGCAGAUCCAACACCAACAGCAGCUCCAACAACCACAGAUGCAGAUCCAACACCAACAGCAGCUCCAACAACCACAGAUGCAGCUCCAACAACCACAGACGCAGCUCGAACACCAACAGAUGCAGAUCCAACACCAACAGCAGCUCCAACAACCACAGACGCAGCUCCAACACCAACAGAUGCAGCUCCAACACCAACAGCAGCUCCAGCAGCAGGCACUACAACACUACCAACAGCUACAGCAGCAGCAGCAACAUCACCUCUACCACCAUCAUCCCCCUCCCCAGAUGCAGCAGACCCCUCUGUUGAACCGCCACCCACUGCUCUCACCACAGCUCCCCCUACAGAGCCCCCAGAGGAACUACAGCUCCUGCACGCUGCCCGCCUCCAUGUCUAAGAGCCGGGUGAAGUUCACCAACCUGAGGGACAGCAUGAAGAAGAGUCCUACCAAGAGUAAGGCCAAGGUCCGGGCCACACAUAAGCAGAGUGGCUGGUGUUCCGACAACUCUCCGUGGGCCUCAAUGUCACUGGAGAAUCCACCCCAGGUAUGUGUGAGUGUAUAGGGGACCGACCUGGGAGAAACCCUUGUAGGUGUCUUUGGGAUGGACCAACAUGGAGAUCGUAUUGAAAACCGGUGUAGGUAUUUGUGAGAAGAGGUCAACAUGAAACUACUACAGAGUUACAGGGGAAUAGAACCACCAAGAGGAGGGGAGAACCUAAGCCUGGAUAUCUGCAAAGGUUUGUGGGCUGAAAUCACAGAGUCCUUGUGGAGACUCAGUUGGUUGGAGUUUACAUGGUGCUGGCCUGGCAAGGCCUGCCUGGGUUAGAGCUUCUGGAGAGAAACGGGAAGAAGAAUGUUGUGAGUGUGUUUUGUUG